AGCUCAACUGAGCAACAGUAAAACAGUUUCGUGUGUGGUUACAUUCAGAGCCCCUGUUCUUGACUUCUGUACUCAUCUAUCAGCCUCUUAUAGGACAGACAAAGGUAAUAUUAGCCUGUGCCUUUUUUUUUUUUUUUUUUGGCUUCUCUUCUGAGCUCUUGAUAUAUACUGAGGCCAUCGAAAUUCUUAAAUUCAGGCUUCGUCAUAAGAGUCAAGAUCCUCUUCUUCCCGGGAUAUACGUGGUACUCUGCAAAAGCUCUGACGUCUGCUUCUAAAAAUCAGUAAUGAGUGAAUUAACUGUAACAUAUUCUGAUUUGCGACUUCAACCUUCAUCUCAGCCACAGAGAAGACAAAGGCUUGCAACUUCUGAAAGAAAAAGUUCUUUUCCUUAUAAGCACCAAGAUCUUUGUACUCCAUCUCCAUGGAAAUUCAUUGCAGUGAUUCCGUGGAUCAUUUGCCUGAUGCUUACUUGGUCUGUUGGAAUCUUAGCCACAAUGUUGCAUCAGAAAUCGUGUCAAGGGGAAGGAUAUCCAGGAAAUCUCUCCUCUAACAAGGAAGCAAAUAAAACAUUUCAAAUUCAGAGUUAUCCUACCUGUUCAAACAACUGGCAUCAACAUGGAGAAAAUUGUUACUAUUUUUCAAGGGACAUACUUCCUUGGGAAAAAUGUAACCAUUAUUGCAUUGGUUUAGAGUCAAGCUUUCUUAAAUUGAAUAUGGAAGAAGAGAUGAAUUUUGUAUUAAAAUUGUCAAAGAUGCAAUGUGGUCUACUUGAAGCAAAGUUUUGGAUCAGUUUAUACUACAACAAUGAGAAAUUAAAAUGGGUCUGGCUAGAUGGCACAGUUGUUACCCUGCACAAGCUUCAAAUUCGAGGACUUAAGAAUGCUAACAAUAAAUGUGUACAUAUAAAACAUGGCCAGGUGGUUGCUGAAGAUUGCCAGAAUGAUGGUUAUUGUAUCUGCAAGAAGAUAAUAUAUUUGGAUUAAGUAAAAUAUAUCAGAAAGAAAAAAAAAAUGGAAAAGAAACACCUGGAAGGGGAGGUGAAUCAUGAG